GGAUGGCAAUAGAAGCUUUCUUGGGGUCCGUGGUGACUUAUUUUGCAGUUACAAGCACUAAAAACACUGGGAUAAUGUGAAAUGUACCAAAUGUAUUUGUAGAUGCGACCGCACUGGCUGGCUUGUAAACACUGGCGCUGGAGUUUACCUGGAGAGAGUUCCGGGGUCAAUGCCCCCGCGGCCCGGUCUGUGACCAGGCCUCCUGGUGGAUCAAAGCCUGAUCAACGCUGAGGCCACACGUGGGACGCGUCCCAGACGAAUCAUGCUGUAUCAGUGUAAAGGCUGAUCAUGUUGUCAUCCAUGGUAAAAGAGCACCAGGGAAGGCAACAGUCUCGUAAAGAGGAGCAGGAACGACGACGCAAAGAAGCCAUCUUAGCAAGCAGUAACCUCACACAUGCUCUUGUUGAUCAUCUCAAUGUUGGGGUGGCCCAGGCAUACCUUAAUCAAAAACGACUAGACAGUGAAGCAAGUCAGCUUGAGCAAAAUGCUACAAAUUUUCAGAGACAGACAUCACAAUGGUUGAGUCUUAUUUCAUCAUUCACAGACUCUAUGAAGGAGGUUGGCCAUGUUCAGAACUGGGCCACAACAAUUGAGUCAGACAUGCAGACUAUUGCUACAGCUUUAGAAUAUGCUUACAAAGUUGAACAACAAGGCAGUAGUGGUGGCGGUGGUGGAUCAGCAGCAUGAAACUGUUAUUGCAGGCAAAUGGCCCGAUCAGGCUAAAGGUGCAGCAGUGUUUUCAAACACUUGCAAUGAUGUGGACUUAAGAAACAGCUAAAUGUGGAGUGUGAAUGCAUAAAUAUUAAUAAAGUACUGUAUACAAGGAUGUUGUUGUCCUGCAUUGUACCAAAAGCUUGUACAUUUUUUGGUUAUUUAAUGUUUUGUUUCACAUAGUACUGUAUAUAUGUACUUUUAUCCUAGGACAUGUAGCAUUCUUCUGACUGCUUUGUGUAAGCAAUGUUUGCAGCAAUGAUUUAAGUGUAAAACACUUGUGUAAUAUACUGUAGAUGUGUAUGGUGGGCUUCUUGCUCAUACUGGUGUGGCAUGCUUGCAUUUACAGUCCAUCCUCUAUAUGAUGGAAUAAUAAGGGGGAUUUUCCCAGUCUCCACUAAAUCAGAAUAAUCUUAAAAAUCCCAGAAAAGAAUUGAAAUACUCUACCAAAUAACUGGUAUAGCACUGUAUACACAAUUUACAGAUUUUUUUUUUCAACAAGUCGGCCAUCUCCCACCUAGGCAGGGUGACCCAAAAAGAAAGAAAAUCCCCAAAACAAAAAUACUUUCAUCAUCAUUCAACACUUUCACCUCACUCAUACAUAAUCACUGUUUUUACAGAGGUGCCCAGAUACAACAGUUUAGAAACAUAUAUAAAGAUACAAUAGAAAAAGUGACCUGAAAUAAAAAACUGCAUCCUGUAAUUACACCCACCAAGACAGCCACGAACAGUAGCCAGCUAGACAAGACCAAGCUGCCAUCCAACAUGGCCACCAAUUUACAGAUAUGUUGCAGUAAACAUUGAAUGUAAAUGAGAGAAGCACAAUUUACCCAGUGGAUUUUGUGUUAUUUCACAAGUCCGUUAUAUUGAGGAUUUAGGAGUAGACCCCUGGUUUUCGUAAUUAAUCCGUUCCUGAAGGUUGGCCGAAAUCCAAAAUGGCCAAACACCGAAGUAAUAUUUCCCAUAAGAAAUAAUGUAAAUCCAAUUAAUCCAUUUCAGACACCCAAAAAUAUUAACAGAAAAAUACAUUUUAUAGAGAAUAACUAUAGUUUUAAAUACAGAAAACAAUAAGAAAUAAAUGUAAAUGACUAAUUUUAAUGAUAAAUGAACAUUACAUAAGUUUAUUGAAGACUCUUGUUGGUGAGUAGUAUAUAUUUGUAGUCCAAGGCGGACUAAAUCCCAGUGUAUACCUACCGUCUACAUACACUGUGGCCUACAGCCAUAUUAUUACCAUCGACAUACCAUGUUCACUGAGUUUAAUCAUUUCUAACAACUACCUUUAGAUGUCAAUGCAGAUUCAUAGUUUUCUCUAACGCUGGACCAGAGAAAACAUUAUGUUUACCCUCCACCGCAUGUAAACAUUGCAUGUUUAUAUGCUAUGUAAUGUGUUUCUUACAUAAUUUUGAAGAAAAUGUCAUAGAUGGGUUAAUGAAAAUAUCUAUAUUAACGUAAAAUAAGACAUUUAAUGUGCUCAAGAGUGAUUAUUAUUACGUACAAUUAGUAUUACUAUUGUGUUAAGACUUGAGGGACAGUCUGAGUGAAUGAAUAACAAAGGCAUAUUUAUAUGCUAUUUAACAUAUUUCUUACAUAAUUUUGAAGAAGAUAUCAUAGAUGGAUUAAUGAAAAUGUCUAUAUUAACCUAAAAUAAGACAUUUAAUGUGCCCAAGAGUGAGUCACAAACGUAUGAGCGGCCCAGGUGCACGUGUCUGGUACCAACGAUUUCUGAGGGGAUGUACAAAACCCAGGGAAAAUUUCGCCGAAAAAAGUGCUCAAAAUCCAUAUUGUAUGAUUUCCGCACUGGCCGAAAACUGGGGGUCCACAGUACUAUACUUAAAAUAUUUGAGUUUGCAGGGAUAGGAGGGGAUAAAAGGGGUUUCUGUGCGAGGGGCUUGGACAUCCAACAGGCAUGUACGAGUGUUUCAGAUAGGAAUGAGUGGAGACAAGUGGUUUUUAAGAAUUGACACACUGUUGGAGUAUUGGCAAGGUAACGCUUAUGAAAGGAUUCAGGGAAACUAGUUAGCUGGACUUAAGCCCUGGAGGUAGGAAGUACAGUGCCUGCACUGUGAAGGAGGGGUGGGGAUAUUGCAGGUUGGAGGAGAGUAUCUGAACUGUAAUGUCAGCAUGCCUCUGGCAAGACAGUGAUAGAGUGAGCCACAGUGAAAAUGUUUCUUCUUUUUUUGGAAUCACCGAACCUUGGUGGGAGAUGGCCAGUGUGUUUAAAAGAAAAAUGUAUAACUUGAUUGUUAAAUAAUUUAUUGCAUAUCAUUUAGUGAUACAUAGUGCAUUUUAUCAGAGGGGUAAAAUAGUAUGUACUAAAAAUAAAAAGAUUAUCAGUCUCAGUGAAGUUAAUUUUUUAUAUCUCAUAUUUAUGUCAUUUCCAUGGGGAAGUGGAACAGAAUUCUUUCUCUGUAAGCCAUGCGUGUCGUAAGAGGCGACUAAAAUGCCGGGAGCAAUGGGCUAGUAACCCCUUCUCCUGUGUAUAUUACUAAAUUUAAAAGGAGAAACUUUCGUUUGUCCUUUUGGGCCACCCCACCUCAGUGGGAUAUGACUGGUGUGUUGAAAGAAUGAUCUAUGUCAUUACUGAAUAUUAAUUUAUCUUUUUAUCAUAAAGAAUAAAUAAUUAGAAUUUGA